AUGAUCUGGUGCUUCUGUCACCAACCAAGGAGGGCCUACAGCAGCACCAAGAUCUUCUGCAAAGAUUCUUGCUCUCUCAACUGCUCUCUCAACUGCUCUCUCAAAUGCUCUCUCAACUGUUCUCUCAACUGCUCUCUCAACUGCUCUCUCAACUGUUCUCUCAACUGCUCUCUCAACUGUUCUCUCAACAUGUGUUCUCUGUGUUCUCUCAACUGCUCUCUCAACUGUUCUCUCAACUGCUCUCUCAACGACGACAAGUCAACGUUUUUCCAGUUUGGAGCUUCCAUCCAGCAGGAGGCGCUGUUGAUGUUGAGCAUCAUGGAGGAGUACGACUGGCACAUCUUUUCCAUAGUCACCUCCAAGUUCCCCGGAUACCAGGAGUUCAUCAACGUCCUCAAGAGCACCGUGGACAACAGUUUUGUAGGCUGGGACCUGCAGCACAUCAUAACAUUAGAUGCUGUGGAGGAGGACAGUAAGAGUCAAAUCAUGUUGAAGAAGGUCCAAUCCCCGGUGGUUGUGUUGUACUGCUCUAAAGACGAGGGAGUGUUUAUCCUGGAGGAGGCUCGCUCCCUGGGCCUCACCGGGUUCGGAUACAUCUGGAUCGUCUCCAGCCUGACCUCCGGCACCACCGAGACGGUACCUGCGGAGUUCCCCUCGGGCAUGGUGUCCGUCUCCUCUGAGGACUGGGACUACCCUCUGGAGGCGCGGGUGAGGGACGGGCUGGGCAUCAUCACGUCCGCUGCCUCCGCCAUGCUGGAGGAGUACGGAGAAAUACCUGAAGCUCGGACCUCCUGCUACGGAACACAGCCAGAGAAGACUUCCAAGGUUCCUCCUCUCGCCCUGCACAAGUAUAUGAAGAAUGUAACAUGGGAAGGUAGAGACUUGUCGUUUACAGAAGAUGGUUACCAGCAGAACCCCAAGCUGGUCGUCAUCGUUCUCAAUAAGGAACGAGAAUGGGAGAAGAUGGGUCGUCUGGACAACCGGAGCCUGACGUUGAAGUACCACGUGUGGCCGCGCUUCAACUCGUUCGGCGACGCGGAGACGGAUGACAACCAUCUGUCCAUCGUGACUCUGGAGGAGAAACCCUUCGUCAUCGUCGAAGACGUGGAGAGGCUCACUGGAACCUGUAUGAGGAAUUCUGUUCCCUGUAGGAAGCACAUCAAGGACAACACUACGGAGGCGGGCGGGACCUACAUUAAAAAGUGCUGUAAAGGAUUCUGCAUCGACAUCCUGAAGAAGAUCGCGAAGUACGUAAAGUUCACCUACGAUCUCUACCUGGUUACCAACGGUAAACAUGGGAAGAAGAUCAACAACGUGUGGAACGGGAUGGUGGGAGAGGUGGUCUAUAAGAAAGCUGUCAUGGCCGUCGGCUCUCUGACGAUCAAUGAGGAGCGUUCUGAGGUCAUCGAUUUCUCCGUCCCGUUCGUGGAAACUGGAAUAAGCGUCAUGGUCUCCCGUAGCAACGGCACCGUCUCCCCGUCCGCCUUUCUUGAGCCGUUCAGUGCGACGGUGUGGAUCAUGAUGUUUGUGAUGCUGUUGUUGGUAACAGCGAUGGCUGUGUUCAUGUUUGAAUACAUCAGCCCUCUGGGCUUCAACAGGAACCUGGCACAGGGUAGAGACCCCCACGGCCCAUCGUUCACUAUGGGUAAGGCAGUAUGGCUGCUGUGGGGUCUGGUGUUCAACAACUCUGUCCCGGUUCAGAACCCUAAAGGCACCACCAGUAAGUUCAUAGUGUCGGUGUGGGCCUUCUUCGCCGUCAUCUUCCUGGCCUCUUACACAGCCAACCUGGCUGCCUUCAUGAUCCAGGAGGAGUUUGUAGACCAGGUCACGGGACUGUCAGACAACAAGGUAAUGUUUUACUGCUUAUACUCUCAGCAU